AUGGCCUCCGAAAACAUCUGCUCGGCAUGUAGCUGGUCAGAAACACGCCAAGCGGGGUGUCGCUAUAAUAGCCAUGUGAAAAUUUUCUACGGUGUCAGUAAUCGAGGAGCAUGGUCUUUGGGAUCAAACCUGGUUCUGAAAGAACGGUCCAUUGAGCCACCCAACUUCGAAUCCCUCAACAUUCGUUUUUUGGCUGAAAGAACUUCAAUACCUAUACCCAAAGUCGUUGAGGAGUGGCAGGAAGUCGACGGGACAUAUUUCCUGCUCACCAGACGGAUUCAAGGACAACCCUUGAGUGAAAUCUGGCCCACCAUGUCCGCAGCGGACAAAGAACGCGUCGCAAAGCAGACCGCUGACUAUUUGAUGCAGCUUCGCGGGCUUCACUCGAACCGAAUGGAAAGCAUAGGCGGACAACCACUAUACUCGGCGUUUCUAUUUCUGAAUGGCUACGGCAUUGGGCAUGGGCCCCUUUCGUCAGAUGAUGAGCUGUGGGCUGAGAUGUCGUUGGCCUUGUCAAAUGUGCCAGAGGAAAUUCGCUUGGAACUACGUCGACGUAUGCCAAGUGCUGCUCCCUAUACAUUCUCCCACGCCGACCUUACCAAUGUCAAUAUUAUCGUGGAUAAUGGUAACUUGGCAGGUAUUCUGGACUGGGAAUCUUCGGGCUACUUUCCUGUUUGGUGGGAGUUUACUUGCGCAGGAAUUGGUCUAGGGCAAGAGGACAAAGAAUGGAAAGAUUUACUACGCAUGCAUCUGCCGGAUCAUACAGAGGCCCGCAAUUUUUGGUUGGAUUUCUACGCUUUGCGCAAAUAUCCGAAUUUGGACGAGAGAGGAUUAAGUUUUUUAAAUAGUUCUGGAUUGAGCAUGCCCAAGUGA